AUGACCCCGAGGGGCAGGGCCAGGUGGCUGCCUUCAGCUCUGCUGCUGCUCCAGAUCCCAGGCUGUUUGUCCCUGAGCGGCCCGAGCAGAGUGACGGGCAUCGUGGGGGGAUCGCUGAGCGUGGCGUGUCGGUACCGGGAGGACUUCCAGCAAAACAACAAAUUCUGGUGCAAAGCCCCCUGUUUGUGGAAUACUGUGGAGGCUGGAGGGUCUGCGAGAGAAGUGAGGAAGGGCCGCGUGUCCAUCAGAGACGAUCCUGCAAACCUCACCUUCACAGUGACCUUGGAGAACCUCAGAGAAGAGGAUGCAGGAACAUAUGGAUGUGGCAUCUAUAUGCCACUUUCAUUGGACCCCACCUUUCAGGUGGAGGUGUCUGUGGUCCCAGCCCCUGCUACAGCCACUAGCCCCGAGAGGUCCACAGUCUCCCCAGGCUCUCCCACGACCCUGCCAGGGCACACCUGGAGCACCGCAUCUGGUCAGGAGACCCCUGAUCCCAGGCACCCUCCUCGCGCCCACUUCCUGCUCCCGGUCUUCCUGAAGGCGCCCCUGCUCCCGGGCCUGCUCGGCGCCGUCCUCUGGGUCCACAGGCCCUCGAGAAGCUCCGAGAACCGGUGA